GCGGCGGAGGCGCCAGGGGCGCCGGUGUGCGUGCUGGUGCUGGGCAUGGCGGGCUCCGGGAAAACCACGCUGGUGCAGCGGCUCGCGGCGCAGCUGCAGGCGCAGCGCUGCCCGCCCUACGUGAUCAACCUGGACCCGGCCGUGAGGGAGCUGCCCUUCGCCGCCAACAUCGAUAUCCGGGACACGGUGAAGUACAAAGAGGUCAUGAAACAAUACGGUCUGGGCCCAAAUGGUGGAAUAGUGACCUCUCUCAACCUUUUUGCUACAAGAUUUGAUCAGGUCAUGAAGUUUAUUGAAAAAAGGCAAAAUGCAUCCAAGUAUGUUAUUAUUGAUACACCGGGGCAAAUAGAAGUAUUCACCUGGUCAGCAUCAGGAACUAUAAUAACUGAGGCACUGGCUUCCUCUUUUCCAUCAGUUGUUGUUUAUGUGAUGGAUACCUCUCGCAGCACAAACCCUAUCACCUUUAUGUCCAACAUGCUGUAUGCCUGCAGUAUCCUGUACAAAACAAAGCUACCUUUUAUUGUUGUUAUGAACAAGACUGACAUAAUUGAUCACAGUUUUGCAGUAGAAUGGAUGCAGGACUUUGAGACAUUUCAGGAUGCCCUGAAUCAAGAGACAUCCUAUGUCAGUAAUCUAACUCGUUCUAUGAGUUUAGUGUUGGAUGAGUUUUACAGUUCACUCAAGGUGGUUGGUGUUUCUGCAGUGCUCGGCACAGGACUGGAAGAAUUUUUUGUACARCUUUCUAAAGCUGUAGAUGAGUAUGAGAGGGAAUAUCGUCCCGAAUAUGAGCGUCUGAGGAAAACACUGGAGAAAGCUCAAAGUAAACAAAAGAGAGAGCAGUUGGAACAUUUGUGGAAGGACAUGGGAACAGUGUGUGUGCAGAGCAACACACUUGCAGACUCUGAUAAUGCUUCUGCAAUGGGUCCCUCUGAUCUGAUCCUGACACGAGGAACUCUUGAUGAGGAAGAUGAAGAAAAGGAGAGUGAUACCGAUGACAUUGACCAUGAUGUUACUGAGCAGAGCCAUGAAGAACCAGCCUUCAGAAAUUUUAUGGAAGAGACACGGAUGAAGUACCAGAAAAGAAGCAACCAGGAUGAAUGAGACUCUCCAAAACAGAGGAUUUGGAAUCCCUUGUAGUGGAGUGAACAGUAAAGGAAGGACAUAAUUAACCUUACGCGACCAUACAUGAAGCCUAGAUGUGUGAAUAACUUCCUCUAAUGUAUUUAUAUCUUUCAUCCUUCACCUGCUUAUUCAUCAUGAGUUGAAGACCUCAUAUCCAACUGACUGCACGUUUGGCCAUUUGUCACUGUGACUUCCUAAAGUCAGAAGAACYGACUAGCGCUUUUUUUUUGGUCCAGGCUCUUUAGAUGCACUUACUGAGGUCUUACAGUUUUGUCAGAACUCAAAAUCUCAUCUAGAGGACUUAAGACGGAUCUUCAAAAGUGCUGCCUUUUUCACCUCAUGAAAUGUCUCUUUCCUGAAAAACACUUGAGAGGCAUGCAUUUCUUUUCUGAUAAUGACCCAAAGAGAAUCUUUU